AUGAAGGACUUAGGCAAUCUCCAUUAUUUUCUUGGUAUUCAAGCAGUUCGUACAUCUCAUAGUCUUCACUUGUCUCAGCAAAAGUACAUUUCUGAUUUGUUCCUUAAAUUUCAUAUGCACACAUGCAAACCAGUUCGUACUCCCAUUGCUUCUCGCACUUCUAUUUCUCUGAUGGACGGUGAGUUACUUUCAGAUCCUAGUGAAUACAGGAGCAUGGUUGGUGCUUUUCAAUAUUUGACUAUGACUCGUCCGGAUAUUGCCUAUGUUGUAAAUGUUGUCUCUCAAUUUAUGCAUGCUCCCCGUACCACUCACAUGCAUUGUGUCAAGCGUAUUUUCAGGUACUUGCAGGGGACUCUGACUUAUGGUCUGACUUUGCGUGCCCUAUGUCUGACUUCCAUUGUUAUUGCCUACUCGGAUGCUGAUUGGGCUGGUUGUCCAGAUAGUCGUCGUUCUACUUCAGGUUUUGCUGUGUUUCUAGGAUCUAAUCUUAUCUUUUGGCGUGCAAAGAAGCAACCAACAGUUUCAAAAUCGUCUACAGAGGCUGAGUACCGAGCUAUUGCAUACACUGUUGCUAAGACUUGUUGGAUUCGUCACAUUCUUUGUGAGCUUGGUAUCUUUCUUCAUGAACCAAUUCGUGUAUUGUGUGACAACAUCAGUUCAACUUACAUGACCCGUAAUCCAGCUUUUCAUGAUCGCUCGAAACAUAUUGAUGUUGAUUUUCAUUUUGUGCAUGAUAAGGUUGCACAAGGAGAUCUUAUAGUUCAAUAUGUUCCAACACAUUUGCAGUUAGCAGAUAUCUUUACAAAGGUCCUGCCUUCAUCUCGCUUUUGUUUUCUUUGGGACAAUCUGUCUGUUACUUCCGCCAGUUCAGAUUGA